GGAAAGAUAAACAUAUACAUCGCAACAAUCCAACUGUCGACCUUUAUCUGUCAAUUUCCUUUAAGUCACGCUGUAAGAAACCAACAGAAGCAGGAUUCCAUAACCUAAAACUUUUACUCGGAUAUCACAUUCAUCCGUCCAUAUUUCGCACUGCUUCGCACGCCACGAAAGACAACGAAAAUGACAGAAAAGAAAGAAUAUUUCUUGUUGGUCGUCCGUCGCAUUUUGAGCAACUGGACUGCUUUAAAGUUGGCUGUGGAACAUGGAAUGGGACCGAAAGAAAAUGCUGAAAAUUUAUGUCUGUACAUGAUGGAAAUGAUGUUCAUGAAUGAAAAUCCUGACAGUAGCGACAUUGCUGCUGAAUUGGAUGAUUAUAUGGAUGCUGAAUUCAAUACAGAACUUGAAGAUGAUAGUUCCAUUGAAGUUGCCAAAGAAUUACUCCGUUUUUAUCAUUACUGCGUUGAAGAAAAUGAAACAGCAAUGCGAGCAGAAUUUGAAAAGCUACCACAAAUACAACCAUGGUUGCUCCAAAAGGAAUCCACAAGGAAAUUUAUUCACGACUCGGCGUUGCAAGUAGACCACUCGAGUUCUGAUAACAGUGAAAAUGAAAAUAAUAUGGAUUUAGAUUCUGAAUGGACAGAAGUUAAGACAAGAAGAAAGAAAUAAAAAGGUGUUAUUUUAAUAUUGUUUACUUUUAUUGUCGUAUAAAAAGAGAUACUAAGCAUUAUAUCAAUGUACAGAAGUAAGGACUGAAUUUAUUUCUAAGCAAUUGGCACAGCCCAUUAAUGGGUGUAAAUGUCUGGUUCAUAAAAUGUACUAUAUCAGCAGUCUUUCUGAGCUGUCUCAAUAUCCGUUGCUCUGUGAUCUGAAAAAUUAUAAUACCAACGAGGUAAAACCUAUAAUAUUUGCAUUAAACAUUGUAGUAAGUCAUA